AUGUACGUGGCCACAUACCCGUUCUUUUCUCCACCUAAACUCUACCUCACCAGGAUGGCCUCAAAGGAAAAUUUGCAGAUCCAAUGUAGAAAGCUUACCGACAAGUACACCACCCAGUCCUUAUGUGUCUUUUCAGACUUAGUUGCCACUGCAAUGGGCCCUCAUGGCAGAAUCAAACUUUUAGGCAAUGUUUGUGGAGGUCAUCUCUCUCUCACAACUCUUUCCACCCGGCUGCUCAACACUCUGACUCCAACUUGUCCCCUUGUGAAACUGAUACUCACAGCUGCUGACCAACAGGUUUGCAGUUAUGGUGAUGCUGGCCUCUUUACAGCUCGUUUAGCUUUGAACCUUGUAGCUAAUGGCAUCCGCACCCAGAUGAACCCAAAGCUACUAAGGCAAUCAAAUUCAGUCUUAUUUGACCUUCUAUCAGACUAUUUACAUUCAGUUGAUUGCCCCUUUGUGAAUAUUUCUAUGGCUGGUAAUUCCGAAGAGUUUUUGGGAGUUACUUUUGAAGGAAGCAGCCUGGAAAGCCUGGAAGAAACUUUUCUUGGCUAUAUUGAGGAAUUUUGUCAACAGCUGGCCAUGUUGGACAUUCAGAUAGUUUUCUGCCAAAAAGUCAUCCACCCCCGCAUCAAAGAACUACUGAGAGGCAAACACAUUCUUUCUGUUGAUCGUUUGGGCUCGGAAUACUGCCCUAGAGUUCUUAGUGUAACAGGUGCCAAUCCUGUUAGCUCUUUUUCUGCCUCAGUCACUGCUGACCAAGUAGGCAGUGUUGACCAUCUAUCUAUCAUGAAUGUGAACAGGAAAUCUUUUCUUCACAUGAUACAAACAUCAGCAACUAUGGCCACAUUGGUUCUAUCUGCUUACAUAGAGGAACAACUUGAAGAACUGAAGGCAAUCUGCAAUAAUGUCCUCAUUGUGUUUGAUCACCUCCUUCGUAAUCCGUCUGUACUUUUUGGGGGCGGAUGUUGGCAAUUCAAUGUCACCAACUAUCUCAGGACAAAGGUCAAGAUUGACAGCGAAUGUCUAAGUAAAGAAUUACAGUGUUCAUUUCAUCAGUUACUUGAGGCUUGUGAAUAUUUCUGUCGUUGUCUGGAACAGUCUUCUCUCCCCGAGGCUUCUUCAGGACUGAAAUGCUACACGCACACAUCUCUUGGUCACUUAUGGGCAGUUGACAAGCAACUGGCAGACGUACAGACACAAUCAGUAUCCUGUAUCUUUUUCAUUCUCUUUUUAUUCUCCUCGGUUUCAUUAUCCUCACCAUUCUUUCUUUCUUUCUUUCUUUUUUUACUAUGUUCUUUCUAUCAUUCUUUCUUUUUUUCUUUCUUCCAACCAUCAUUUUUUCUUUCUUUUUACCAUGUUCAUUCUUUUUUAUUUUCUUUCUUUCUUUCUUUCUUUCUUUCUUUCUUUCUUUCAACCAUGUUUUUCUUUCUUUUUUAUUUUCUUUCUUUCUAUCAUUUUUCUUUCUUUCUUACUUUCUGGUUUUCUUUCUUUCUUUCUUUCUUUCUUUCUUUCUUUCUUUCUUUCUUUCUUCUUUGGUUUUACCAUUUGUUCUUUUCUUGA